CUCACUUCUGAUAUAAAAAAGCUGAAUAAUUACGUGAAAAAGAAGGCAGAAGAUUCUUCCAAUAUUUUGAAGGAGGAUGAAAAUAAUAAAAAAGCUUUCAGUAAUUUGCAAAAAUGUUGUUAUUCGCUUUUAAUAACCUUGAACAGAAGAAGAAUUGGGGAGCUAGAACGAAUUGAGCUGAAAAGUUAUUCAAGAGAACAGAAUAAUAUAAUUUCAGAAGAAUUCCAGAGAAAUCUGACAGAGUCUGAAAAAAUUCUUCUGGAAAGGUAUAAGAGAAUAAUGAUAAGAGGAAAACGUCACAAGCCUGUUCCUGUAUUAUUUUCUUCAACCGUGCAGAAAUAUAUUGAACAGUUGCUGAAACACCGUGACAAUUUCGUUUCCAAAGAAAAUAUCUACUUAUUCGCGACACCAGGAAAACUAACCUGUUUAGAUGGUUAUACUGCACUAAAAAUUUUUGCCAAAGAAUGUGGAGCAGAACAUCCUCAAGCUCUGACAUCCGGCAAACUUAGGAAACAUAUUGCAACGAUCUCACAAGUGUCAGAUUUGUCACAGACAGAAAUGGAACAACUUUGUACUUUUUUAGGACAUACACUAUCCACACAUAAUAAUUAUUAUAGGUAUGUAAUAUUGAUAAUUAAUUUAUUAUCAGAUGAUUCUAAACUGAGCAUUAUAUGUUUCUCUCUCUCUGAAUUCAGAUUACCACAGGAGAUUUACCAAACUGCUAAGUUAACAAAACUUUUGCUAAAGUCCCAGGACGAAAAUAUAGAGAAUUCGAGUGACAAUGACGAAAAUUUGAAUGAAGAAUUACAUUCUGAAGAAGAGGAAGAGGUUGAAGAGGAUAUUCCGGCAUUAUCUUCCGAUAAUAACCUAGCAAUCGCAGAGAAAGAUGCUUCAGAACAGAAAUCCUUGUGCCGGAAGAACCAAAAAAGAAAAACCAAAAUACCGGAGAAAACUUCAAACGAUUUUGAUGAAGAAGAGGAAGAGCGGCUCCUAAAAAUGCAAAAAGUCAAGAGAAAAAGAGUGUCGAAUAAUUCAAGCGAUUCUGAGGAGAAGGAAACACCAAAAGUGAAACAUCCAAAAAUAAGAUGGACAGAACAACAAAAAAAUGCAACUGUGAGAUAUUUUCAGACAAAUAUUCAUAGGAAAAAAACGCACACAGAAGGGGAAAUCAAGGAGUUCAAAUCUGUUCAUCCAUUCAUGAACAAUAAAACUUGGAAACAAAUAAAAGCGUUUGUUUUCAACGCAUAUCGAAACAAAUGAUGUAUGUUUGCCUGUAUUUGUGUAUGGUUAUAACUUUUUCGAAAAUCAAGUUAUUAUUCCUGUUUUUUGAAUUUCUUUCAAUCUGAAAUGAUUUGUAAAUUAUAUUCUUCAUACAUUUGUUGUUGAGAAUAUUUCCCUCAUUUAUCUCCUGAACAUUUCCUAAACUGAAUUUGUAAUGAAGAAACUGAGCAACAUAUUAUGAAAACAUGUUAUAACUCAAAUAUGAAAAAUCAUAAAGAAGAGAUUGUUUAGUUCAAGAAACCAAAACGGAGAAGGCAUCUGAAUUUUUGAAAAAAUAAUUAAAGCAAGAAUGACAUUUCAGAGGAGGUUUAAUUGAAAUACUGCAUUUUAAAUGAAAAAAUGAAACCGAAAUUGAUGGAAUUUAGAAUGAGAAUUGAGUUAAAAAUACAUAGCAUGUGAUGUCCAUGAACCAAAUUCGAGAAAAAAUUGGGAUAAGCACUGACGGUCAUUUUUAUCCAUGAACCAAUUGCAUCUCUGGUUGUUUGUCAGCUCAAAAUUUUGGACGAAGCUUAGAAUUGCUAUUAUUAUGUACACGAAAAUACUUGGUCCGAUAUUUCGUCACUAACAUAUGACGAUUUUUUAUAUUUAACUUCAUUUUUUAUCAUUCCGAUGGUGAUUGUAUGCACACCAAAUUUGGCACGAAGCUUGAAAUGAUUUGCUUUGUACCUAUACAUACAAAAUUACAAUUUGGUGGAUCUUUUGCCACUGAAGCAUCGAGAUUUUGUUUUUCUAUAGUUUCCUAUUUUUUUCAAAUUUUCUAUGGUUCUGGAUAUGAUAUCCAUGAGAAAUUCUGAAGGAAGCUUGAAAAGGUUAAUUUUCAUCCUCGCGCAAGUUUUCUACACGAUUCACUCCUAAUCAACGAAAUAUGAGUCGUUUAUUUUUCAAUAUUCUUAAAAAUUUUAUAUUUCUGGUUAUGUUAUCAGAUCUUGAUUUUGCACGGAGUUUGGAACUGCUUUUUUUUCACAUACGUGCCAAAAUCCACGAAUAGCCAAUAGCAUCAUCUUACCUCAUUGACAUAUGUCAGGAUUUUAUUUCUCGAUAUUCCUUUCGCAUUUUCUGUGGUUCUAGAUGAGGAACCUGAACUAAACUUCGCGAGAAGCUUAAGAUGGCUAUUCUUCAUUCACACGCAAAUAUUCAAGUCGAUCGAAUCUGUAAUCUAUAUUUUUUCGAUAUUCUUCCUUAUAUUUUUCUGGCUCUG